AUGACCCUGACAAAAGACCAGCUCGCCCGUCUCUCCGAGACAGACGUCCGCAAUACCAUCCCGCCGGAGGAACUCCUCCCAGCCCUGACCUCGCCGCCUUUCAUCCCGUCGACCUCUCUCAUCAACGUUCGCGAACUCGGGGCCGUACCAGGCUCAGCCAUCCUCUCCGGUCUAGCGUACCGCUGCGGAACGCUCGAGCUCGCUGCCGCAGACCCGCAGGCCCUCGCCUGGCUCUCCGCCAGCGUGAAGCGCAUUUUCGACAUUCGGUCACCUGAAGAACGCGAGAGAGCCCCGGACCCGCAAAUCAACGGCGUCGGAAACAUCUGGUUCGACAGCACUAGUGUCGACCUCCCACCCGUCCUGGACGAGUUCGUCGAGGGUGGCGGCGAGGCGGGGCUGAGGAAGGAAUACCUCAAGGUGCUGGACAUCUACCGACAAACCUUCUCCGCCGUAUUGGAGCACAUACGAGAUAGACCUGGGGAGCCGUUCCUAUUCCACUGCACGGCGGGACGAGACCGCACAGGCGUGCUAGCUGGCAUCUUGCAGUCCCUUGCCGGCACUGCGCCCGAUGAUGUUCGUUUCGAUUACAUGCUCUCACGCAUAGGCACCGAGCCCGCUCGUGAGAGGCUCCUCCGGUACGCCCGCGUUGGCACAGGGACGACUGCCGACGACGAACACCCGGGCUUUUACAACAUGUGCAGCCUGCGGAAGUCCUGCUGGGACGCUUUCGUCGCCGGGGUGGAGGAGACGUACGGCGGGUGGGAGGGCUACGUGACCAAGACACUCGGGUUUUCGACUGAAGACCUCGAGAUAAUCAAGCUUCAUCUUCGUGAAGGUAAUGCGUCGAAGAGCACGUCGUAG